AUGUAUGAAUUUUGUAUUCCUAAAGUCAGGAGAAAUCUUCUGGACUUAAGUACAGAAGAAAGGAACCACUUUGUCCGGGCCCUGGAUAUGGCAAAGCGCACGGUUCACCCACAGUUUGUCAUUGCCACCAGGAGAGCAGAAGAAAUAUUGGGACCAGAUGGCAACACAGCACAAUUUGAGAAUGUUUCCAUUUACAACUACUUUGUCUGGACACACUAUUACUCAGUCAAAAACACCUUCCAUGGGGCGGGGCAGGAAAGCUUUGGUGAAGUGCAUUUCUCUCAUGAAGGACCAGCUUUCCUCACGUGGCACAGGUACCAGUUACUGCAGCUGGAGAGAGACAUGCAGCCUCUGGUACUUCGAGCCAGUUAUAGCGAGCCCACAGGAAACUAUAACCCUGCUGUUCGAAGUCUUCACAAUUUGGCUCAUCUGUUCCUGAAUGGAACAGGAGGACAAACCCACUUGUCUCCAAAUGAUCCCAUUUUUGUCCUCCUGCAUACUUUCACUGAUGCAGUCUUUGACGAAUGGCUGAGGAGAUACAAUGCAGAUAUAGCCACAUUUCCAUUGGAAAAUGCUCCUAUUGGACAUAAUAGACAAUACAAUAUGGUGCCCUUCUGGCCUCCAAUAACCAACGCAGAAAUGUUUGUUACUGCUCCAGACAACCUGGGAUAUAUUUAUGAAGUUCAGUGGCCCAAUAAGUUCUACUCAUUAAAAGAAAUUAAGAAGUGCCUUCAAGAUGAUAG